AUGUUUUCUCAAUAUCAAUUGAAUGCCGUUUUUAAUCUAUUUAUUUCUUAUCAUCUAUAUAUCUUCUCUUCCAAAUUUAUCUAUUAUCUAUCUAUCAUCUAUAUUCUAUCUCUACAUUAUCUAUCUAUCCCAUUUACUGAAUUUAUAAAAUUCAUCAUUUUAGCAUUUAUCAGUCUGUUCAUUUUAAUUUGUAUCUUUUUCAAUUUUUGUUAUCUAUCUAUCUAUCUAUCUAUCUAUCUAUUCUCUAUCUAUCUAUCUAUAUCUAUCUAUCUCAGACUGUGUAAAACUCUUUCAUCAUAUCUAUCUAUCUAUCUAUUUAUUUUUUCAAUCUAUUCUAUCCCAUUUCUCUUAAAAAAGAGAUUUUUACUUUUAUCAAUCUGUUCAUUGGUUUUAUCUGUUAUCUAUCUAUCUAUCUAUCUAUCUGAUCUCAAUCUAUCUUCAUUUCAGUCUAUGUAUAUCUAUCUGUUUUACUUUUCGAAUUUCUAUCUAUUCUAUAUCUUUCAUCUAUUCAAUCAUUUCAAUGAUCUAUCUCAUCUAUCUAUCUUUCAAUCUAUCUAUCUAUCUAUCUCAUUUAUUUCUAUCGUAUCUAAUCUAUCUAUCUAUAAUCUUUUUCAUCAAAAUCUACUCUUUACGUUUUUAUCUUUCUCCCAACUGAUUUUAAAACGUUUUUACAUAUCUGUCUUUCAUUUUAUAAAAAUCAAUCUAUCUAUCUAA